ACCAGUACUUCCUUUCCCCGCCGUUCCUAGGGACCACCCACUCCCGUUCCCAUGAGUGAUCCGAGACAGUACGCGGAGAUUAAUCGGUCUCUUUUGGUUCUCAUUCCAAAAGUUGAGCAGCCUGUUAGCAUAAAAAUGGCAAUUAUCCUCCUUCUAUUCGUUCUGGAUACGGGCCUAGUCCUGAGUGCGCUGUCUGUCUUCUCGGCUGGCCCAAACAACGGGAUUGGUCCGGGAUUAGCACCAAAAUUCCUCGGCAUCUCAUCCUCCUGUUGCUGGUCAUUUCCUAAAGGAUCGAAGGUUCAGCCGACGCCUCAAAGUGGAUUUGUUGUGCGAAGAGUGCGACCGGGAUUUAGAGUUAGAAUAGCGGGGAAGACUUGACCUCAGGCAGCGUGAAACCAGUUUAUUUAAUUCGAUGUAGUGGUCCGAUUGCCUAGUGGAAGCCCUGAGGCACUCUUGCGUACGCUCGGCUCCUCUACCAAUCACCACAGCGCGAGAUGCGCAAGAGUGACCCAUCUCUCCACACCAACUGGACCAUACAAUACACUCUUUAUAAGAAAAAAAAGAUUUGGAACCGAAAGAUAGGAAAUAAAUUGACUUCCAGAGCGGAAGGGAAUACUUAACCACGCCUCGAGUCCCAGUCUCCUAGUGGUGAGAUGGUAAAGGGCAAUGUCCGGUUCUGGCCAAGAGAUGUCUUUGCUCCGUCCCCCUUCUUGUUGGUUGGCACAAGCCCUUGUAGUAGUAAGUCUUUCCUCCUCCGGCCGGAUCGGAUGUUAGAGUCAAUUCCAUUGUAGGUUUGACCAUUAAGUGAAUGCAAUAUAGGUAGAAUUUGAAUCAACGACCUAAGAGUCUUCUUUUGCCUAUCGUAGUUACCUUGAUGUGAUAAAUGGUCCAACUUUCUUGAAAGAUAUCAGAUCUUGAAAGUCCUGCUCAUAUACAUACUAAUAUGAUCGCUACCAGGUCAUCCCACUACACACCAUCAAGCAACCACUACUGAAGCUAUCAACUCAAUUCUCUCGUUCGAAUGGGGAGAUAGAUAAAAGAAACGAAACUCUAUAAAAUAUCAUAAGAGAAGAAGAUUUUCAUUCCAGCUUAAAUAAGUAAGACUUGACUCUUUUAAAAAUUCCGAUCAACAACUUGGAGGGAUGGCUGAGUGGCUUAAGGCAUUGGUUUGCUAAAUCGACAUACAAGAAGAUUGUAUCAUGGGUUCGAAUCCCAUUCCCUCCGGCGCGGAGUGAAACAGGCGGGCGAAAUGAGAAGAGCACUACUUAGUGACUAGGAGCGGGGAGCCCGUUGCGCGUAGCGGGCGGAUGUAGCCAAGUGGAUCAAGGCAGUGGAUUGUGAAUCCACCAUGCGCGGGUUCAAUUCCCGUCGUUCGCCCAUAAGGGAUAGGUACUCAUUCACAAACAACAAAGAUAGAAUAGGAAGGGAGACCGGGCACCCACAACGGGUCAGAGAAGGAAGUCAAGACUAGAAAAGACCCCGAAGAACGCCUCUAGAUACCUCUUCCAAUACCAGGACAAACAAGCAAGUAGUUCUUCUACGGACCUGGAGGUCCUCCUUUAGCUGCACUUUCAAGGGAUAGCUGCAAUGGUUCCCUCCACACAUCGGAAGUAUGAACGAUGCACAGAGUCAUACCAGUGAUUUGGAGGAAAUCUCUCGAAAAAGUAUUUAGCGCCCAUUUUGGCCAACUCUCUAUCAUCUUUCUUUGGCUGAGUGGCAUGUAUUUCCAUGGUGCUCGUUUUUCCAAUUAUGAAGCAUGUCUGAGCGAUCCUACUCACAUUGGACCUAGUGCUCAGGUGGUUUGGCCAAUAGUGGGCCAAGAAAUCCUGAAUGGAGAUGUGGGCGGAGGCUUCCGAGGAAUACAAAUAACCUCUGGCUUUUUUCAGAUUUGGCGAGCAUCUGGAAUAACGAAUUACAACUUUAUUGUACCGCAAUUGGCGCAUUGGUCUUCGCAGCCUUAAUGCUUUUUGCUGGUUGGUUCCAUUAUCACAAAGCAGCUCCAAAAUUGGCUUGGUUCCAAGAUGUAGAAUCUAUGUUGAAUCACCAUUUAGCAGGGCUACUAGGACUUGGGUCCCUUUCUUGGGCAGGACAAUCCAGUACAUGUAUCUUUACCGAUUAACCAAUUUCUAAAUGCUGGAGUAGAUCCUAAAGAAAUACUACUUCCUCAUGAAUUUCUCUUGAAUCGGGAUCUUUUGGCUCAACUUUAUCCAAGUUUUGCUAAAGGAGCAACCCCGCUACGCGCCUUGAAUUGGUCAAAAUACUCGGAAUUUCUUACUUUUCGUCGCGUCUUCGAUCUAGCAAUCUUGGACAAUUGUUUUGAUGAGCUGUCACUAAACUAAAAAAAGAGAGAAGAGAAAGAACUGGGAAUGGGCGCCUGGUUGCUUGCUUACCAAGCCAUCCUGGCAAGCUCCUCCAGUUCGAUUAUUAUUCUUGACUUGACUUUGUAUAAAAACUACUCACUAUCAAAAUGAAAGACGAUCGAUUAUCUACCCAAGAAGAUAGAGAGUCCCACAUAC